AUGGCGGCGGCCGCGAUGACGACGCUCGGGCCCAGCACGUCAACGACCACGAAAGUUGAUGUGCCGACCUGGAACGGAGAGGCAGAGAAGCUCUCGAGCUACAAGUUCGAGGUGGCCAUGUUCACGAAGAGCAUCAAGGUGGCGGAUCGUUACAUGUGCGGGCCACAGCUGGUGCGUGCACUGGAGGCACGAGUCCGGGCAGCGGUGGAGAGCUGCCCAACCAUCAACGAGGUCGACGAGAUCGACAAGGACGGCAACCUGGUCGGAUGGAACAGAGUCUUCGGCUACGUGCUGGAAAAGUUGGACUACACCAGCCUGAAUGACACGGCGGGACUCCUCGCCGAGGAGUUCUUCCUGGAGAUCGGGAGGAACGCCGGCGAAACCUUCCAGGACUGGGCGGCACGAUUCGAGAAGAAGGAGCGAGAGCUGCUGGUACAGCUCAAGGCCAUCGACAGCGACGUACAAGAGGUGAUAGCGAAGCCCCUGCGUACAUGGUGGUUUUUGAGGAAGUCCAGACUGACACCAGUACUGCGAGGGGAAGUCACGGCUACCGCGGGCGGCGACUAUGAUUACGGAAAAGUCUAUAAGACCCUGCUGACACGGUUCCCAGCAGAGGCGCUGACCGAGCUCGACGGCAAGCAGCGAAGCAGGACCUUCUACGAAGAUGACGUCGACGACCCAGAGGACGAGAUCGGCCGCCCCAAGUUCGAGACGGCGCCCGGCGGCGGACGCCGCGACCUGUCCAAGAUGAAGUGCAUCGCAUGCCACGAGUACGGACACCGCGCAGUGGAUUGCCCCGACAGGUUCAACGAUAAGAGUAAGGACAAUGGCGAGCGCGGCAAGAGCAGCACUCACACUGGCUUCAUCCUGUCGGCCCUGGACGAGUACGUCUACCUCCUGGAGCGGGACGGCAUCUGGGCCCUCCUCGACAUCGGGGCCACCAGGAGCCUCGGCGGGAUCGAGGGAAUCGAGAACCUGAUGUACGAGAUGCUGGACCAGCACAACGUGGAGUUCGAGACCUACAGCGACUCGUGUUCCUUCACCUUUGGUGAUGGACUCUCCAAGAACUCAGUGGGCACAGUAUCUGGUGAAGUCUUCCUGGGAGGCGAGCUGCUCAAGAUCAACCUGUCGGUGAUGCCGAAUCGCGUGCCGAUCCUCCUGGGCAUGGACAUCAUGACGGACAUUCUGAAGGCUGUGGUCGACUGUGGCCGGAACCGGAUCGGCCUUCCGACUCUCGGCAAAGUGUUCUACUGCGAGCGCCUCUCCAGCAACCACAUGGCCGUCAACCUCUCGACGCCGCAGCGGUGGAAGGAGGUGCCCUUUUCCUUGCCAAGCACCAUAUGCCUGACCUCAGAGGCGACGGUGCCGGACGCCUUGAAAAAGGAGCUGCCCGAAGAGGUGGCCCCUUGCCACUGCAGCGUCGCGGGGCACCAGGGACAGCACCCCCUGGUGAUGGUCGCGAGAGGUGCGCGCAACAGCUAUGGCGCCAGCGCCGACGUCAGCAGCGCUGGCGACCCCAGAGUCCAAGACGAGCUACAACCCGGCAGGGAAGUGCUCGUGCUGCGGACCAGCGGCCCCAGAGAGCUCUUCGGGAACGACGCCACCGAUCAGCGCGUGCUCGUGCUGCAGGUGAUCCGGGAUCAAGCACUGGCUCUACGCUGGCGCCGCCUCUCCAACAAGCUCCUGUCCCCGGAGAUCAAGGACGGGUGGAAGUUCACAGAAGUGAUGCUCGACGACUCGGACCUGGUGGAGACCCCGUACCGCAUCGACCUCAUGGAGGUGUGCUGCCCCGAGGACUCAGGCUUGAGCAAGGCCGUGCAGGAGCAGGGCGGCAAGGUCUUCAGGUGCGGGCUCUUCAACGGGAUAGACAUGGCCACGGCGACCGGGCUCCGACGGGCGAAACAUCUACUUCGGCGGCUUCGACCACGCCGACUAGUCCUGUCCCCGCCGUGCACCGCCGACUGCCCUCUCCAGAAUCUCAACCAUCGGACCGACGGCCAGAAGCUCCAGUACCUGGCCAAGGUGCGCAGGGCUCGACGGAUCCAGCGCAACUGCAAGAGUCUCUGGGAGGAGGCACAGAAGAUCCCCGGCUGCCACACGGACCUGGAGCAGCCAGCCACCAGCCGUAGCUGGUCACAGUCCCCGGCCAUCAAGGCGAUGCGCGAGCAGAUGCACGAGACCGUGAUACACGGCUGCGCGUACGGACUGCGAGAGGCCCAGUCUGGCCUGCUGAUGAAGAAGGCCUGGCGGAUCUGCUCGACGGACUCGGAGUUCGGCGCAAAGCUCGGCAGGACCUGCUCAAACCGACCUGGACGGGGUGAUAAUCACACCCACCGACCCAUCGAAGACGGACAAGUGGUGGCUCAGACAGCGUACUAUCCCCCAGCCCUCUGCAAGGCCUGGGCGAAGCACAUCCUGCGCAGGAACAACACCGUGCAGUACGGCAGGGAGAUAUUCGCCGGACUGGAGCAGAUUCCCGAGGACGCCGAGGGAGAACAAGCAGCAGCCAUGGGGGACGACCAGCCGCCAGACGAGGAUGACGACAUGGACGAGGAGGCCAUCAUGAAGGGCCUCGGAAUCUCAGAGACUCCGACGAAGAAAGAGGAGUUGGAGAUCGAGCAGCGGCUGACGAGACUCCAUCGGAACCUCGGCCACCCGAGCAACAAGACGUUGUACAAGAUGCUGAAGGCCUCAGGAGCUCCCGUUCAAGUACUACGAGGAGCCCUUCGUCUCCAGUGCCAUGGAUGCCACACGGGCCAGCUGCCGAAGGCCGUGAAGGUGGCCUCAGGUAUCGAGCUGCCCGGAGUGCUCGAAGUGCUGGCCUCGGACGGCCUCGAGUGGCUUUCCCCGAAGCUGGACACGUACAUGAUGACCCUGAACCUGGACGAGGGAUCUGGCCUGACAAGCGUCACUUACCACGGGCAGAAGGGCGCGCGCAACGGCAACAGGUCCCCUGCGGAGGUGAUCGACACGUGGAACACCUGGUGUAGCUACUACCGUCGUCCUAGUCUCCUUCGACUGGAUCCAGAAGGGUGCCACCGCGCUCAAGCAGUGGCCAAGUGGUGUUCCGACCGCGGAAUCGAGCUCUGGAUCGCCCCAGGUGAGGCCCACUGGCUGAUGGGCAAGGUCGAGAGGCGCAUCCAGUUGUUCAAGCGGCUGAUGACGAAGCUGGCGACCCUGGACCCCGAUUGUCCCGUCGAGGAGCUGAUCUCCUGGGCCGUGGGGGCGAUCAACAGCAUGGACAAGGUGGGCAACCACUCCCCGUUCGAGCACGUGAUGGGGGUCACCGGGAUGCCCGCGUCCAGCAAUCCCUUCGCCAUCAUCGACGGAGACGCCGGCGAGGCGCAGGAGCAGCGACGCCUGCUGGCGCGCAAGAGCUUCCUGGAUGUGGAGUAUGCCGAACGUCGCCGUCAUGCAGAACAUGCUCGGAACCGGGUCUAUCAGACCUGGCACCCUGGCGACCUCGUCUGCUUCUGGCGCAAGGGGAAGGGCCUCGAGAACCGCCCCGGCAAGAAAGGGGGGUGGCAUGGCCCUGCACGGGUCCUCGUCCAGGAGAAACGACACGUGGACGGGCGGACGCGCACCACAUCUGUGAUCUGGGUCUCUCACGGAUCAGUACUAUUCAGGUGCGCCCCAGAACAACUACGAGCAGCUUCGGAGGCAGAGAAGAUGAUCACUGAGCUGACGCGUCAAUCGAACCCCGGCAAAACCAUGACGGAGAUCCUGGAAACGGCAAAGGCAGGGACCUUCGAAGACCUCCUGGGGCAGAGCCGACCAGAUCUUCAAGACUACGAACCUCCAUCACAACCUGCGAUGGAGAUCCCCAACGAGACCGUGGCAGCUGAGCCGCCACCCUCGGUGAUGGACGAGGCGACGCCACCGGUCAGCGGAGGCGCCAGCUCCUGCACCACCGCCGACUCGUGGAACCUCCUCGAGACCAGCCGCCCGACAGAGCUCACGGGCCCCGUCAAGGAGCGCAACCGACCUGACCCAGAGGAGGAGAUGAGCAAGGCAAUGGAGGACGAGUCUCCCCUCCUGGUCGACCUCCUCCACGACAAGCUGGACAUGGCGCUCGGCACCGACGAGCGGCAGACCGUCUACUUCGAGUCACUGGUGGACGAGAACGCGUUGGUAGACGGCCAGCGAGGUCUGAUGAACCACAUCCUGGACAGCUACGUCGCCAACCAGCGCCGCAAGGACAAGAUCGAGCUAACGUGGUCCAAGAUGAACCCCGGCGAGCGGAAGGAGUUCGAGGGAGCCAUUGCCAAGGAGACGGCCAACUGGAUCCAGCACCAAGGACUCCGUCCAGUGCCCAUCUCUCGGGUCAAGGACGCCGCGGACGUGAUUCGGGCGAGGUGGCUCUUCACUCGGAAGGCGGACGGCAAGGCCAACGAGCUGGACAAGGACCUCUUCAUCGAGCCCGACGCAGUGCUCAGGAAGGCGUUCAACGUGAAGGACGGCGAGAUCCUCCAGGUGAUCAAGCCCGGGUACGGCAUUGGCGAGGCCCCCCGUCAGUGGCGGGAAACCGUGAAGGGCGAUUUCGCAAGGCUGGGUAUGCAGGCGUGCGAGUUGGAGCCUUGCCUCUGGAAAGCCCGCUGCUCCAAGACGGGCGCCCUCAUCGGCAUGGCCAUGGCGCACGUGGACGACUUUAUCCUGGCCGGCGACACGUCCCACCCCGAGUGGCGGGCCAUGGUCCAGCAGAUCCGGGGGCUCUACAAGUGGGGCACCUGGGAGGACAUGAACGAGGGGCUCUCCUCCCUCGAACAGUGCGGCGUCACGAUCGAGGAGAACGAGAAGGGCUUCUUCCUCCACCAGCAGUCGUAUGUGGACAAGAUCAAGGAGGUCCAAGCCGCCAACGGGAGCAAGCGACGCACCACAGACACUCUCUCAGACGCGGACAAGACGGUGCUUCGUGGUUUCUGCGGCGAGAUCUACUGGCUCGGCGUGAACACCAUGCCUUUUCUGCUCUCGUGGGUCGCGGACCUGCAGUCCAAGAUCCCCACCGGGACCUACAAUCUCUUUACAGCAGCCAACAACAUCGUCAAGUUGGUCAAGCAGAGCCGCCAUAUGGGGAUGCAGAUCUACCGCCGCGACCUGUAUGACCUGGCCCUCUUCACCUGGUGCGACGCUGCGUGGGCAAGCCGCCCCGAUGGCCACUCCCAGGGAGGACACAUCACAGCUCUCUCAGGAAAGGCGGCCAUGAACGGCAAGCUAUCGGAGUUCACCGUCCUGGACUGGGGCUCCCGGAAGCUGCGGCGCGUGGCUAGGUCGAGUCUCGCAGCAGAAGUGCAGGAAGCAGGCGACGCAGAAGGGGAGCAGUGCAUGGUACGGCUGGUGCUCGCGGAGGUGCUCUACAACAAGUCGCCGGUGCGAUCCAGGACGGAGGCUCUGCGCAGCAUCCCCGCCAUCCUGGUCACGGACUGCAAGGCCUUCUAUGACGGCGUGGUGCGAUCUCAGUCGGCCGGGCUGGGAUUGGAGGAGCGGCGCACGGCCAUCGAGGCCCUGGCCCUUCGCAACGCCCUGGACGAGGGGCAGACGACGGUGCGCUGGGUCCAUUCCCACGCGCAGAUCGCUGACGGCCUGACCAAGGCCAGUUGGCAGGCCUUUGGUGUGAUUCGGGCCUUCCUAGAGAAGCAGGAGUGGCGGCUCGUGUGCGAUGAGCAGUUCCUGAGCGCUCGGAAGCGAGCGGCACUCGGCAAGGGCAUUUUCGACGAGACAUCAUCCACAGAUUCAGCCGCUGCCCGACGUAUUCUCGAGGAACGGCGCCUCACACGCCAAGGGCAGAUCACGGAUAGCCUGAAGGGGAACACAGAAGGCCCAGAGAACUCAACCGCGACCACGACCUGCGACUACCUGAUCAUGAUCCAGAAACUGCAGCAGGAGGUGGCAGCACAUCGGGAGUUCAUCCAGAAGCAUUCUGUGAGCACAGUGUCUGACUGUGCGGAUGACAAG